AUGACUCUGGCCGCGUACAAAGAGAAGAUGAAGGAGCUCCCCCUCGUGUCCUUGUUCUGCUCCUGCUUCCUGGCCGACCCCUUGAACAAACCAGCGUAUAAGUACGAAGCAGACACCGUCGACCUCACCUGGUGCGUCAUUUCGGACAUGGAAGUCAUCGAGCUGAACAAGCGCACCUCGGGCCAGUCCUUCGAGGUGAUCCUAAAGCCGCCGUCCUUCGACGGGAUCCCCGAGUUCAACGCCUCCCUGCCUCGGCGGCGCGACCCCUCGCUGGAGGAGAUCCAGAAGAAGCUGGAGGCGGCUGAGGAGCGGCGGAAGUACCAGGAAGCGGAGCUCCUGAAGCACCUGGCGGAGAAGCGGGAGCACGGGCGGGAGGUCAUCCAGAAAGCCAUCGAGGAGAACAACAACUUCAUCAAGGCAGCCAAGGAGAAGCUGGCGCAGAGGAUGGAGUCCAACAAGGAGAACCGGGAGGCCCACUUAGCCGCCAUGCUGGAACGCCUGCAGGAGAAGGACAAACAUGCGGAAGAGGUGCGGAAAAACAAGGAGCUCAAGGAAGAAGCCUCCAGGUAG